UGGGAAUCAGCGCCUAGCCGCCUAGCUCCUCGCGGGCUCGCGGCGUACUCGCUAUCCGGGUGUGUCGAGAACCGAAGAUCGAACAGGCGGCCCACUCGCACUUCCCUACCACCCGUCGUCGGUGGAUGCGGAUAGUCGGGCGCUUGGUGAGAGGAUAAGAUGAGAGUGCUUUCUUUUGUUUUUUUAAGUAGUUUCCAAACCCGAACCCAAUAGUUCCAAGGAACAAUUCGAUCCCUUCUUCCGUUAUCCCAGGUGGCGGCCCUGCGGCCAGGAUCUAGGCGGCAAGCAAGCAUGAGCGCCGCUGCUACUCUCCCGACCGGCCAGGCGGCGCCGCACGCGGUGUGCGUGCCGUUCCCGACGCAGGGCCACAUCACGCCGAUGCUGAAGCUGGCAAAGAUCCUCCACGCCAGGGGCUUCCGCGUCACCUUCGUCAACACCGAGUACAACCACCGCCGCCUCGUCCGCUCCCGCGGCGCCGCCGCCGUCGCGGGCCUCGCGGCGUUCCGCUUCGCCACCAUCCCGGACGGCCUGCCGGCGUCCGACGCCAACGCCACGCAGGACCCGGCGACCAUCAGCUACGCCACCAAGCACAGCUGCCCGCCCCACCUGCGGCGCCUGCUCGCCGGGCUGGACGGCGUCACGUGCGUCGUGGCGGACAACCUGAUGAGCUUCAGCGUGGACGCCGCGAGGGAGGUGGGCGUGCCGUGCGCGCUCUUCUGGACCGCCAGCGCCUGCGGCUACAUGGGCUACCGCAACUUCCGCCUCCUCAUCGACAGGGGCAUCGUCCCCCUCCAAGACCAAGAGCAGCUGACCAACGGGUUCAUGGACACGCCGGUGGGCUGGGCGCCCGGCAUGAGCAAGCACACGCGGCUCAAGGACAUGCCGACCUUCCUCCGCACCACGGACCCCGACGACGUGCUGAUGAACUUCCAGCUGCAGGAGGUGGAACGCUCCGAGCACGCGUCCGCCGUCGUCAUCAACACCUUGGACGAGCUCGAGCGGCCGGCUCUCGACGCCAUGCGCUCCAUCAUCCCGGCCGUGUACACCGUCGGCCCGCUCGCCUCCGUCGCGGAGCGGGUCGUCGACCGCAGCCUCCAAGCGGUGAGCUGCAGCCUGUGGCGGGAGGACCAGUCCUGCCUCCAGUGGCUGGACGCCACCAAGCCCCGCCCGCGGUCGGUGGUGUACGUCAACUUUGGGAGCAUCACGGUCAUGAGCGGGCAGGAGCUGGCGGAGUUCGCGUGGGGGCUGGCCGGCAGCGGCCACCGCUUCCUGUGGAUCGUCCGCCCGGACGUCGUCAAGGGCGGCGGCGGCGCCUCCUCGGCGGAGGCGGCGGCGCUGCCCCCGGGGUUCCUGGAGGCGACCGAGGGCAGGGGCCUCGUGGCGAGCUGGUGCGACCAGGAGGCCGUGCUGCGGCACGAGGCGGUGGGCCUGUUCCUCACGCACAGCGGCUGGAACUCCACCCUGGAGAGCCUCUGCGCCGGGGUGCCCAUGCUGUGCUGGCCAUUCUUCGCGGAGCAGCAGACCAACUGCCGGUACAAGUGCGUCGAGUGGGGCGUGGCGAUGGAGGUCGGCGACAACGUGCGGCGGGAGGCCGUGGAGGCGAGGAUACGGGAGGCCAUGGGUGGGGACAAGGGCAAGGACAUGGCGCGCAGGGCCGCGGAGUGGAGAGAGGCCGCCGCGGGGUCGGCGGCGAGGUCGCUUGCCAACCUCGACAGGCUCAUCAACGAUGUGCUGCUCUCUCCGGCACCAUUAUUACCGGGCGGCUCACUCAAAAUGGCUUAGCUUGAAUGAUGCGUGGAUGGCCCUGAUCAAACACACAGCGAGUAUGUGUUUCAAAUGAUACUAGUGAACAUUUCAAUACAAGUCGGGAUAGUUAAAUGUCUACCCCUGAAAGACCGGUAAUUGAAUCAAGGUUGUUUUAAAAUUUACAGCAUAUAAGUCCACCUUUUGUCAACAUGAAAAGUUAGUGCAAACUAUGUACUCUAUAAUGGAAUCAAGCUUGGAACACAUGGGAGAAGCUUUGUAAUUGUUUAAAGGCCCCAAAGUUUGAAUCAUCAGAUGCUGUUCAAAUUAAA